GUAGUAGUAUUACUGGUAGUUCUUGUCAGGAGAACAUUGAAAAAUUGGUGUUGAGAGUUUGAGGGUUCCAGUAUGGCAUUUAGCAGAAGAUAUUCUUUAAAAGAGAGUUCAGACCAGAAGCCAACCUUGCUUACUCGACUUCAUCGCAGACUCAGCCUACCGAGAAAAUAUGCCACAAAGAAGAAACGGAAAAUAUCAGAGGCUUCUAUUAAUUCUUUGGAUCAACCUUUCUCGGAUUCUGAUUUUCAAAGGUCUCAUCAGUUGUCAGAGAAUGAAAAAGUCUACUGCAAACUUUUGAACAGCCUAAUACAUCCUCUGGGGGCUUCUGAUACAAUCUUUGGUCUGCGACCUGGUGACUUGACAGAUUAUCUACGUACAACAUUUAGUAUUACACAAGAGGAUCAUGAAUUGUUUAUAAAAGAUGAACUCAAGAAAAAGCCAACUAACCUUCUUUUAAAUGUGAUGAUUUCUGAAGCCACAAUUGAUGUACCACGCAAGAACUUUAGAAUCAAGGUUCCAUUGGACUCACUUUGUGCUGUGAGGUUGGUGAAUGCAACAAAAACAAAAGCAUCACCAAAAACAUCUCCAGUUUCUUCCCCAAAGUCAUCACCAAAGAUGAGAAGGCAGAAAGCAGAGCAAGACUUUCGUGGUCAACCACAGAUUGUGAAAUCAACUUCUGGUCUCAAAUGGAAUGAAAAAUUUGAACUAGAGGUCACAAAUAUUCUGACAGAAGAGUUACAUGUAAAUGUCUACCAACAGACCAGUAGUUCAAAUCUUGAAGUUUUUGCUAAACAGCCUUUGGAAAAAAGCUUGAAUUUUAAGAGUAUAUUCAGUUUGUCUCGCCAGAAUGACUCAGGGAAAGGACUCGAAAAUUUAGGGGCAGCCAUUAUACCAUUAAAGGAAAUCUUACACAUUGGUGAAGAAAAAUGGUAUGACUUGAAUAUUUCUGGCAGACGCUUGACUAAAAGUCUGAAAACAAUUGGGAAGAUUUUCAUGAAAUUGAGUAUUUCUGUUAAACAGGACACCGAUAAUAUUGAGAAUUAUCUGAAAGCUACUCAUCUCCUGUUUAAUCGUGCAGUAAAGAUGCAGACCUCUGCGGCCAACAGAAUUAACAAUCUUCUCUCACAGCACAGUCAACGUAUCCUGGACAUCUAUGCCACCUCACACCAAAUCUCAAAACUUUCACAGGCAAUCAUCCAGCUGACAGUUCUUCUUGACCUGACUGAUAAGAAAACCUCAGUGACUGUCACUGACAUAGCACUGAAGAAGGCAAUAGAAUCGGUGCAGAUGACAUGGGUAACAAUGAAGCCCCCUGUUGGCCAAAUCACUGAGGAAGUGGCUAACAAGAUGCCAUUAACUGACACAGAGAUUUCAAUGUUCCGAAAAGCAGCAACGGAAUACAUAAAAUCGAUGAUGUGGAAUGUACGAAAUGAUUGCGUGUUUUUCCCACUUGAAGAUAAUUCUUUCAAAGAUCUCAAAUGCAAACUUGGAGUUCUGGCAUCAGUGCUAAAAUUGGAUUUGUGGGAAGAAAAAUUCUUCAUCAAGGAGGAACUGUCCAGACUGAUUCUGCGUAAAAUCAAGACAGACACAUCAAAGUGGGCUGAAAUCAAUCUGAAACUUAUCGAGAGCAAAAUAGAGAAGGACAACGUUGUACCAGAGAGUGAAAAUUUGUGUGAACUUCUGAACAAAGUCAUAGGCCAUUGUACACCUGUUGGAACAAUCACCUGUUUCCUGAAGACAUUUGGCAUUGAUUAUUACAGUCAUGUCUCACUAACUAUUGACAGCCAUAUUUCCAAGAAAGCAAAACAACUGAUGCUUGAAAUGGACAAAUAUCAGAAGAAAUAUUACCGAAUCUCAGCCAAUAUCACGACAAGUUCUAAAGUAUCUCUGCGACUGUAUAUCACUUUACGGAAGUUAUGCAACAUAAUGAAAGGCAAUUUUAGCCAAAGAGAGCAGUUCUUGUUAGUAAUUGCCAAUUAUCAAACAUGGUUUCUGGAAUCCUUGAUCCACUGGUUGAUGACGUUCAAAGUAGAAUGCCAGAGUAGAAUGUCGAGAGCACUAGAAAUGGAUAAAGACAUUGUGUUAGUGACGUAUAUGUUGAAAUUUUCCAAUUCCUCUGUGGAUGUGCUGUCAUGCUUUGCGAGUAUCGCUCAAGAAUGGAGAGAGAUUGACUACAACAAUGCUGACGUUGCAAUGAUGGCAAUCACAAAGAUAACAGAUUUGAUCUGUGAUUCUGUCAAGUUUUAUGCUGAGAAGAUCCAUACCAUUUUGAGGAACAAUAGAUAUUAUGAUGAACAGGUGCAUCACUUUGAUGUUAAUGAUCAGUUAUGUAUUACCCUGAAUAAUAUUCAGCAUGUCAGUUCCUACCUAGACUGUUUGAAACAUGACCUUGAGUGGGAGAAAACAGCAGCAGCGAUGUCUGAACUGCAUGACUCUGAAGAAAUUGGUGAGAAAUGUCUGAACACUUUGAACCGACUUAUUGACAACUGCAAGGAGGAAAUUGCUAUGAAAAGUGAACUUCUGGUGCAGGAAGUUGUUGGAAGGAUGAGUAGAGAUAUCAGAAGAAAGAUGGAUCUACUCACAAGAAAAGACUGGAAGAAAUCGUCUUCAUCAGACCCUCUUAAGCAGUACCUGCAGAGAAAUAUGGCCACACUUCAACAGUGCUUACACGAAUCAGUAUACAGUUUAAUGGUACAAGAACUUUGGCAGACUUCCAUCAAGAUCAUGGAACAACAGAUGAUGGUUGGCCAACUUCCUGAUUAUUACCAGAUACUGUAUCGGCAUCUCCGCACACUUCGCAUCUUCUUCCUGAGUCACAGAGAACAAUUAAAUGUGCAUUGUGAUGUUAGCCGACACAUUGAGGAGCGCUUAACUCUUAACAGUGAGACCACACAAGAACUGAUGCUACAGUAUUUAUCCAAACUCUGCCAAGAUCUGAAAACACCAGAAGAAGACUAUGGACAGGUGGCUCUUAAAGCUGGUUACAUAUCGGAAACACAUGGCUAUGUCACUAUAUAUGUGAAAGUAAUCAAUGCUAAGGAUCUUCCGGGCUUGGAUACAACAGGAUUCAGUGAUCCAUAUGUUGUUAUCACUCUACAGCCUCGAAUGUUAUUCCAAAAUCUCAGAUCACAGAAGACGAAGAUUAUUACCAGAACUUUGAACCCUGUUUUCAACUCCUCUUUUCAAUUCCAUAAUGUCCUCAGUGAGUUGCUGAAGAAACAAGGUGCUGCAGUUCAAAUUUUGGUAUAUGACUACGAUAAACUGAAGCGUGAUGAUUUUGUAGGAGAAGCUGUGAUCCCUUUAUCAUCAAUCCCACAGCUGAAUGGCAAUGCUUUGGCCUUUGAGAGAACCCCUGGAAUAAUCCUUCCAUUGAAGAGACCCUCUAUGACAGAAGGACCGUUAAAAGUACUUCAGGAACGAUCUCAGAAAGAUUCAGAUGCCAAGGAGUUUUUAAACGAAAGACAAAAUCUCUUUAAUAAUCAGAGGAAACGAACAGAUGGAAACAAAAAUUAUAAUGCUCUAAAAUUUUUGCUGGAAUAUUAAAGUCAAUGUUAUUUUGAACAAAUAUGGCUUCAGUUUCAAAUCAUAUUCAUACAUGAGAUUGAAAAUAAAAUAAAUUAUUUGUACUUUUC